AACAUCCUUACAGGCGUGAUAAUAUUUCUGAGGUGGCUGGCUCGGGCUUGAUGGUCUGCCAUCUUUGUAUGGUUGACUUAGGCCGCGUUCACACCAAGCGAGUCGCGUCGCGUCAAGUCAAGAGCGUCAUUUGAUGCGAUUCAUUUUGACUCAUCUCCGUUCACACCGACUGCGUCAGCCCGCGUCAAGUCAGCACUCAGUGACCUGGGUAAUUUCAUGGAGAAUGGAUGCAUGUUCCCUGGCUCAAGUAGCUGCUUUGUUGUGGCUUCGUCGUCGCAGACGUAAGAAGAAACAACGAAUAUGGAUCCAUGAACUGAACAUCAAGAGGCCAGAUUUUGGAAACUUCUCUCAUCUAUUCCCAGACCUGGUGAACCAUCCAGAAAAAUUCUACAACUACUUUAGGAUGACACAUGAAAAUUUUAAGAAGCUGGUGGAGUUGACUGGAUCUUCCAUAAAGAAAAUUAACACAAACUACAGGGGUGCAGUUGGAGUUGAAGAAAGAAUGACCAUUUUUUUAAGACAUGUGGUUACUGGAGAAUCUUUUGGUUCCCUUAGUUACCAGUUUCGUGUUGGAAGGAGCACAGUACACGAGAUUAUCAAGGAAACCAGCAAUGCCAUAUGGGAAACACUACAACCACAAUAUUUGCCAGUACCUAAUGAACACCAGUGGGAAGAAAUAGCCAGAACAUUUUUCGACAAAUGUAAUAUUCCUUGUUGUAUUGGGAGUAUUGAUGGCAAACACUGUCGGCUGAAAUGUCCUGCUGGAGGAGGGUCACUUUUCUAUAAUUAUAAAGAAUACCACUCUAUUGUUCUCCUAGCCAUUGCUGAUGCCAACUGUUGCUUCACUCUAAUUGAUGUAGGAUCAUAUGGACGAAACAGUGACAGCUCAGUUUUCACUGAAUCAAAUAUGGGGAAGGCAUUUAUUUCUGGAUGUUUAGGUAUUCCACAGUCACGUGAAAUACCAAAUACUGCAACAAAAAUACCAUGCUUUCUUGUGGGAGAUGCAGCUUUUCCUCUCAAGCCUAAUCUGAUGAGACCAUAUCCUAGAAAGGACUUGGACUACUCCAAAAGAGUAUAUAACUAUCGGAUCAGUAGGGCUAGAAGAACAGUAGAGUGUGCCUUUGGAAUGCUAGCUCAGAAAUUUGGUGUACUUCAUACAUUGAUGAUGACUAGUGUUGAAGUAUCUGAAUCACUGGUGAAAAGUAUUUGUGUACUUCAUAAUUUCAUUCAACAUGAAAACAAUUUCAACUACUCUCCUCCAAGUGAUGAUGUUAGUGAUACAACACAAUACAACUUUCUAAACUCAAACCUGACAGCAACAAGCACGAGGCCUACAAGAGAAGCCAUGGCAGUUCGUGAUACCUUGAAAGAAUACUUUGUUUCCCCAGCUGGAGCUCUUGAGUGGCAACACCGAAUGAUCUAGUAAUGUAAAGUUCAUAGCCUAGUGUAUAGUUCAUAGUGAAUAAAACUGUAGUCUUA